AUGGCCAACUUUCAAAGCCUGCCUCUAGAGAUUCGGCAGGAAAUCUACCUUCUCGCCACACCAGCUCGUGUGGUCCACCUCAAAGCUAAGGUAUCCGGUUGCAAGGAAUCUGACGGCCGUUUGUGGCUCUGGAAUUUCAACUGGCUGCAAGGUGAAUGCCCCCCGAAACAAUAUUUCUACAGUAAUGCUCCAGUCCCAGUCCUUCUUCACACUUGCGUUGAGUCCAGAGCACAUUUGAUGAAGAAGGGAUACCAAAUCGCUUUCAAGAGCAAGACUCAGGGGCCAAGAACGUGGUUCAAUUAUGAUCGAGACGUCUUGCUUGAAGAUCUAGUAUCUUGUAACUCUAUACAUCUCGAAACCGAUGAGGCUACGAGAGUGCGGCGCCUGGCUGUCGAUCACAUCACCGAUUGUCUCUAUGACUCGAUAGGAUAUGAUGUGCUGCCCCCCUUACACUCUUGUGAAGACGAAGAUACCUGCUUGAAUCCACUUAUCGAGGAUUUCCCAGCCUUGGAGGAGGUUUUUAUAGUUGACUGGAAGCCACAUACUUUCCCCAGGGAACUAACAAGGAACCUGAGCUAUCCUGUCGAACCUCCUUCGAUGCGACAUUGUUACGAUACAGACAAUCUCUGGAAAUGCGUUAAAGUCGAGGAUAGCUCGCUGUUCCGGACGAUGCAGCAUCACGUCAUCCGGCCAUACAGUGGACCGAAAAUUGUAAAGCCGCCUGGCUAUGUUCCUGCACCCAGGAUUGCAGACUGGGGUACCUCAGCCAUUGGUGUGCAUAUUUGCUGUUGGAACUUGCUAUCUGCCGGCAAAGCCAAAUUCGCUCUGGCCAAAAACCUUCUGUUGAAGACUGGAGGGCGCCAAAAAUUAUAA